CUCUUCCUUAUCAUAAUGAGAUUAUUUUUUGCUGAGAUAGAAAUAGGCGGUACUUCCUGUGUUUGUCGCGUGUUUACUUUUUUUUUCCAGAGAGCCAAAUAUUACCGUCCUCUGAGAAGAUCUUUCAUCAUGCCAGACCUCUUAGUGAUUAAGAGAUGCUUCCUGAGUUGCUUAUUACUACUGCUUCAGACAUCGAGCUCACAGCAGGACGAGCAAAGCCAGCUGCUAUUGGUGUCCUUUGAUGGCUUCCGCUGGGACUAUGUGAAUCGAGUACACACACCCAAUUUCCAUGCCCUGAUGGAUGAGGGUGUGCUGGUGGAACAAGUGGAGAACACCUACAUCACCAAGACCUACCCAAACCACUAUACCUUAGUGACAGGAUUACAUGCCGAAACCCACGGCAUUGUUGCUAACGAAAUGUACGACCCCAUUCACAACCGUUCCUUUUCUAUGGAGGGACCUGAGGUGUACGAUGCAUGGUGGUGGGAGGAGGCUGUGCCGUUGUGGGUCACCAAUCAGAAGGCUGGACGGAAGAGCGGAGCUGCCAUGUGGCCUGGAUCAGACGUAGCGAUUGGUGGAACGUAUCCAACACAUUAUUUGAGAUAUAAUGCGUCAAUGCCGUUUGAGACCCGAGUCGAGACACUCAUUAACUGGUUCUCAGGGCCAGAGGCCAUCAGUUUUGGUGUCUUGUACUGGGAGGAGCCAGACGAGAGUGGGCAUAACUUAGGGCCAGAGAGCCCACUAAUGGACUUAAUCAUAGCAGACAUCGAUAAGAAGUUGGGAUUCCUCAGGGGAAAGCUCCAAACCGCUGGCCUUUAUGACAAAGUUAAUCUCAUUGUUACAAGUGAUCAUGGAAUGACACAGUUAUCACAUGAUAAGAUUAUUGAGCUGGACACCUACGUCAGCCGUGAUCUUUACACAUGGGUAGACAAGAGCCCUGUAGUUGGCAUUUUGCCGAAAGACGGCAAACUUGAAGAGGUCUACAAUUCGUUGAAGAACGCCAACCCUAACAUGGUUGUGUAUAAAAAGGAGGAGAUCCCAGAUCAUUUCCACUACAGACACAAUGUCAGGAUCAUGCCUCUGAUCAUUGAGGUCAAAGAGGGCUGGACGGUCAUGCAGGACAGAAACGGAUCUUUUAUGUUGGGAAACCAUGGUUAUGACAACAGCCUUCCCAGCAUGCACCCUGUGUUUGUCGCCCGUGGACCCACUUUCCGCCGCCGCUACACCAAGGCCUCCAUGCGCUCCGUCGAUCUCUAUCCUCUCAUGUGCAGCAUUCUUGGUCUCAAGCCCUUACCUAACAAUGGCUCUUUGUCAAGCGUGCAGGAUCUCUUAGUGAAUACAUCAAACCCAAAGCCAGUGGUCUCACCCGUACCCGGAGAGCCUUCCUACGCGUGGGCCGUUGGAUCCGUCCUCGGCGCUGCCCUCGUGAUCGGGUUCCUCUUCAUCUUUGUGCAGCAGGUGACACAGCGACAGCAUCUGCCACUGCAUCAGUCCGACAGUGAGAUGACACAGCCUUUACUGUAGGGUCAAACACAAGGGUUGUCGGGACUUUUCUCAUUUGAGGUUCUCAGAGUAUGUAGCACUGAUUAUUUUUUUAGUGCCAAUUCUGAUAACCCUUUUUAAGCAGCUAGCAUGGUCGCUUGAAUCCAAAGCGAUUGAUAUCCACGUUUCCGUGCCAAAGCCCAGUAUACCAAAAGCAAUAUGGGGAAAGAUGCUGCGGUGGAAAAAGUUUUUGCAAUCAUCAAAAUCAUAACUAAGCCAAUAGUGCCCUCUUCUGGUGAAGCUGUCAGUGAGACCUUUAUUCUGUGUAGUCAUCUAAAAUCUAGUAGCCAAUUUGAAGAAGAAAAAAAAGUUAGCAUUAACAUGCUUUUCCUUUCCAUUUGAAUCUGAUAUUUAUUUAAUAAAAGAGAUUCGACCUAUUCUCUUGACUUUGCAUUAAAUUAAUAUACAAACUGAUAGCAUUUGUGGCAUAAUGUUAAUUAUCACAAAAAUGUAUUUCCUUGUCCCACCUUUAUUUUCAGAAAACAAUUUAUAAAAUCAAAAAAGCUCUGGGAUACAGUAAGGCACUUAAAAUAGAAAACUGGCCCAAUUCAAAAACAUUAAAAUACUCAUUGUUUCUAUAGUAUAGACACAGGUGGCAAAUAGUAAGAAUGUUAACAUGGUUUUAGUUAGAAUAAUUGCUUUCUAGUCUUUUCUGUGUAUAUUUAUUUACAAUUUUGAUUUUUUCCCCCCAUGACAACGCAAUCCUGUAAACCUUAAAACCCUCAAAAGACUCUUAAAAUGAUUUAAAUAUCUUUACAGCCCAAAUAAUAUGCCAACUGUAAUAGUAAAAUUAAAAAAAAAAAAAUUAAGUGAUUUUAUAAUAUGGUAAAGAUUACAUUUCAGAUUUAAAUCCUCAAAAAAAGGCCUAUUUUUUUUAGGAGUCUAAUUGAAAAGAACAGCAUUUAUUUGAAAUAAAAAUCUUUUGUAACAUAAAUGUCUUUAAUGUCACUUUUAAGCUCGAAUAAUUUUCACAUCAUUUAUAAAAUAGUAAGUUUGGCCUCAUUUACUUCCAUCCAUUUCCUUUUUUAAGCAACUAAAGAUAUUUUUUAUGGUGAUUAAUACUCUACCACAAAUUCUGUUGAUUGAGUUUAACUUUUAUUGAACCCAGAAUAUUCCUUUAACUGAAUGUUAUGGAUAUGAACAAAAAAAAUGCAGAGACGUUAGUAGGAGUUGGUUUUUGAAUUUUUUGUUAUUCUCACACACAUUGUAGUUUAAGUUGGCAAAUUAAUGUUAAUAAGUGUCCUUGAAAAGAAACUGGUAGUUGUCAAACUACCUCCAUGUUGCACUAAAAUCAAUGUAAGCUAAUCAGGAUAGAGAAG